AGUCAGGGACUGCACUGCGCGUAGGCGACGGCGGAGCUCCAGGAUCGGUCAAAAAUGGCAGAGGUGGAGGAGACACUGAAGCGACUUCAGAGCCAGAAAGGAGUGCAGGGAAUCAUCGUAGUGAACACAGAAGGUAUUCCCAUCAAGAGCACCAUGGACAAUCCCACCACCACACAGUACGCCAACCUCAUGCACAACUUCAUCUUGAAAGCACGGAGCACCGUGCGUGAAAUUGACCCCCAGAAUGACCUCACCUUUCUUCGAAUUCGCUCCAAGAAAAAUGAAAUUAUGGUUGCACCAGAUAAAGACUAUUUCCUGAUUGUGAUUCAGAAUCCAACUGAAUAAGCCACUCUUUUGGUUCCCUGUGUCAUUCCUUAAUUUAAUGCCCCCUAAGAAUAAUAAUAUUCAUCAUGUUAGUAGACUGGCACGUGGACAUCGCUUCAGAGCCCACUCAGACCAAUCCAGUGGCCAUUGGAGGGCUGGCAGCUCUGCUCACUCUGCCAAAGGAAUCCUCCCUGCUGUACCAGUCUCUCCCAGAGCUCCCAGGAGGGCCGUCUUUCCUCUUUUCCAGGUUUUGGAGCAAGAGCUUAUGAGAAACCCACACCCAGCUUCCUUCUGACCUUCAGUUCACUUUGUUACCCUUGGAAAAGGCUGUUUUUCUUUAACUAAAAAUAACUGAAAUGCUU